UUCGUCGAGUCUAAGGAGGUGUGUCUGCUUGCGACCAAUCAAACGUCCCGUAUUUAGCAAGACUGUCAGCGCCGUCUAUCGACCAUGCGAAACCUCCUUCACCGAUCAGGUUUUACUUUUGAAGAAGAAAUGGAUAGUUUCUCCUCUCGUCGUCGUUAGGUGGUUCUCCGCCGAUGGGCGGCAACAAGCCAGUUGACAGAGAUCAGUUGAUGGAUGCAGUCAAACAACAAAUAGCCGUCGCGAAUGCCCAAGAGCUACUUCAGAAAAUGUCCGACAAGUGCUUCAACAAGUGCGUGACGAAGCCUGGAGCCAGCUUGGAUAACUCAGAACAGAAGUGCGUCGCGAUGUGCAUGGACCGAUACAUGGAUGCAUGGAACCUCGUCUCCCGGACCUACGCGACGAGACUGCAGCGCGAGCAGGGCCGGUAACAGCCGCCGAAACAACGGAGCGUGCCGGCGACGACAACUUCUGCGGCGGCGCACUCUGGAGGUGGAUGGUGUAGCGAUAGUUAGAACGUUUCGAGUCGAGUUCGUGAGCGCGCGCGGGCUCGAUGAAAGUUAAAAGGCGUGACGUCGCGAUUCGAUUGUUAUUUUACGCGGUAGGUGGCGCCACCUACGGCAAAAUGCCGAGGUGUUGCAUGACGGACGAGUCGCCGUUCGCUUGUCAAAUUCGCGAGGGUUUCCGAACCGGAGAUCUAUCGUGACGUGCGGACGAUUCAUCGAGGAAUUGUCGACGCGAUCCGCGGUGAAUUUUUUCGAGCAAAUAAAUAUAUAAAUAGCAGAUGUUAGCGAAUAGACACACGUGUGCUUAAUUCUGUUGUUAGCGUCUUCUGGUGCAAAUAUACGCAUUGUGCUUGCUGCUCUAGUUA